AUGGAUAUGGCGCCUGAACCUCCCAUUAGUGUGGUAGCAAACGAGAUUGGCAUUCAGGGAACGCCGGUACUGCAGAAGAGUGUUGUGGAGCAGCAAAGUGAUCUGGUCAAGUGGUCGCAACGUGCUGAUGUCAAGGGUGCGUGGGAAAGCUUUGCCGAGCGCAAAGGCCUGGAUAAGGAGAUCUUCGACAAAGCGACUUGGGCUUUCCUGGGCUUCGUGUUGGGACGCAAUUUCGAUCUGGUGAUUAGUAUGAGUAAGGCGAGGGAGUGCGGUUGGACAGGAUAUAGGGAUACGUGGGCGAGUUUGAAAGAUGUGUUUGAGCAAAUGAAGGGAGCCGGUGUCUUGCCAAAAGCUUAG